CCAAACCAAACCAAAUGGUGUAAGAAAAAGGGCAAAGGCAGUACCCUCCCAUUUUCCUUCUCUCCAUUUUCUAUCUUUGCUUCUCUCUCCUCUUUCUCUCUCUCUCAUCGCCGUUUUCUUCUUCUUCUUCUGUUGCCUAAAAACAUUUCUGCUUUUCAUCUUUAUUACUGUAAUUUAUACUUUCCAAACAUCACCCAAAAGCCUGCUCAUUUGAGAUAUUUAGGAAAGGGGAUUUCAUCUACUCUGCACCAUUCUUGAUUUAGCUAUUCACCCUUUCCUUUUUCUUGGCUGAUUCUCUCUCUCUCUCUCUCUCUCUCUCUCUCUCUCUCUCUCUCCAUAUAUAUUGUGUAGAGUGGAAAGAGGGUUUGGAGCAAGAUUAAUUAUGGGAAAUUGUUUGGGUUCCUCUGCAAGAGUUGAUGCAACUCUCAGCACCACAUACGAAGGAUCAAAAUGUCCAAGCAAAACCAGCAAUUCGUCGCAUCCGUCAAACAUAAGCAUUCCCUCAUACAGUAACAAAAGCAGCGCCGAAAGCCUCCCCACUCCAAGAUCUGAAGCUGAAAUCUUGUCAUCACCCAACGUAAAGCCCUUCGCAUUUAACGAGCUUAAAAAUGCAACAAGGAAUUUCCGGCCCGACAGCCUCCUCGGUGAAGGAGGAUUCGGGUACGUCUUUAAAGGAUGGAUUGACGAAAAUACCCUCGCUGCUUCAAAACCCGGAUCUGGAUUGGUCAUUGCUGUCAAGAAGUUGAAACCCGAGGGUUUCCAAGGCCACAAAGAGUGGUUGACAGAAGUGAAUUAUCUAGGACAGCUUCGUCAUCCGAACCUAGUUAAACUUAUCGGGUACUGCUCCGAGGGGGACAAUCGGCUCUUGGUGUACGAGUUCAUGCCGAAAGGAAGCUUGGAGAAUCAUUUGUUCAGAAGAGGGCCCCAGCCGAUUUCUUGGGCAAUUAGAAUCAAGGUUGCCAUAGGUGCUGCAAAGGGCCUUUCGUUCUUGCACGAGGCCGAAGAACAAGUUAUAUAUCGAGAUUUUAAAGCUUCCAACAUUCUUCUAGAUGGCGAAUUCAACGCCAAAUUGUCCGACUUCGGUCUAGCCAAAGCGGGCCCCACCGGUGAUAGGACUCACGUUUCGACUCAAGUUAUGGGCACUCAGGGCUAUGCUGCACCUGAAUACGUCGCCACAGGUCGACUCACGGCAAAAAGUGACGUAUAUAGCUUUGGGGUAGUUUUGCUCGAAUUGCUAUCGGGGCGUCGUGCGGUGGACAAAACGAAGGUCGGGGUAGAGCAAAACCUAGUCGACUGGGCCCUACCGUAUAUGGGCGACAAGAGAAGAUUGUUCCGGAUAAUGGAUAUUAAAUUGGAAGGUCAAUACCCUCAAAAGGCGGCAUUCGCUGCGGCUACGAUUGCUCUGCAGUGCUUGAGCCACGAGGCGAAGCUUAGGCCUAGAAUGGCUGAUGUCAUCGACAAGCUCGAAGAGCUGCAAGCGCCGAAAAGCGGUAUUGCGAAUAGGAAAGUGGUUGUGCAGAUAGAGAAUCAAGCGGACCCCACCGUUAAGCACCGUUCGAGUGUGAAUGCUGCUGCUACGCCGCCUUUGGUUUCUUCUCCGGUGCCGGCUCAUCGAAGGAUUUCCCGUGUUAGAUGAGGUGGUUUUUUUUUUUUUUUUUUUUUUUUUUUUUGU